AUGGAUUUGAGGACUCAAAUUUCGACGCAAUCCAACCAGUCAUUAAAAUGUCCGCCACCAACAGAAGAUGAACAGAGUUCGCGAGAUGAGCCGAUAUUAAAUGGACCUAUUAGACCAACGUCACGUGACCAGCUUAGUGAUGCUAGUACUCAUUCUAGUUCUGGUAGAGGAUACCUGGCUUUUGUCGUUUCUCAAUUUGAAAAGUCAUUAUUUUCACAACCACCUGCAAAUUGGCUACAGCUAUCUUCAAAAGUAAACUCAAAAACCAAAGAUUUAAAUGCUGUUACUGGAUCACAGGCUAUGAAGCACCUCAUAGCACUGUUGGCUUGA